AUGCUCCCAACUCCUCCACCUUCUCCUAUUCCCUCCCGCUGUUAUGCUCCGGAAGACCGUUUGGGAUUGCUCCUGGCCAACCGACUGGAACUCACUAGCAUCCUGGGCGUGGGUGCCUAUGGUGUCGUCUAUACCGCUGUCGACAUCCACACCAAUGUGCUGUACGCUGUCAAGGCCCUCAACAAGACCGGACUUGAUCCCCGCCAACUGAGGUUCCAGCAACGGGAGAUCAAGCUGCACCACCUGGCCAGUCAACAUCCCAAUGUGGUUUCCCUGGUUCGCAUCAUGGAUUCGGCCGAUUGUACCUAUGUCGUGAUUGAAUUCUGCCCCGAGGGUGACCUGUUCUCCUCCAUCACCGAAAAGGGCAACUUUGUCGGCAAUGACCCCUUGGUCAAGCGUGUGUUUCUCCAGAUCUUGGAUGCCGUCCACUUUUGCCAUUCCCUAGGAAUCUACCACCGGGACCUCAAGCCGGAGAAUAUCUUGGUAACUGACCAUGGUCUAACGGCCAAGCUCGCCGACUUUGGCCUGGCCACCACCGACUACUUCACUUCGGAUUUUGGUUGCGGUUCUACAUUCUACAUGUCUCCAGAAUGCCAGCAAUCAAAUCCUCGUCACAUGUCCUGCUAUGCUUCUCCCUCCAAUGAUGUCUGGAGUUUGGGUGUGAUCCUCGUCAAUUUGACCUGUGGUCGCAACCCGUGGAAACGCGCCUCGAUGGAGGACUCUACCUUCCGAGCUUACCUGAAGGACCCCUACUUUCUCAAAACCAUUCUCCCCCUUUCUGAUGAGAUGAUCUACAUUUUGAGUCGCAUCUUUGAAUGUGACCCUUCCAAGAGGAUUACCAUUCCGGAGCUGCGGAACUUGAUCCUCAACUGCACCGGUUUUACCAUGACCCCUAUGGCCCCAUGGGUUGCUCCCAGGGAACCCCAGCCUGUUGGUUUUGCCAACCAGCAGGUCGAGGUGCCUGUUGAGGAGCCCCUUUAUGCACAACCCUCCACAUCUUCCUCUGAUUCCUCUUACUACACCAACUACUCGGACUCUGAGGACUAUUCAGACAUGGAUAGCAUGUCCUCGAUGUCCUCGGUUGGUCUGGGGCCGGAAUCUCUCUCGGCUGAUUGCAAGGAGUUCUUCCCACGGACGGAACCUGUCGAGUGUGACGUCCCGGAAACACUUGCCAUUCCACAACAGCCUCUGAUGCAUCCUAUUCCAGUCUGUUAA